AUGGAGACAGGAAAUUUUCUUUCCUUUUAUUUUUAUUUAUUCUUUCUUUUUAUGUUUUCUUUCUUUUUUUUUUCCUACUUAUUUUUUCUUCCUUUCUCUUCUUCUUUCUUUCUAUUUUUCUUUUUCUUCUUCUUACUUUUUAUUUAUAUCUUUCUUUUUCUCUAUUUUCUUUCUUCUUUUCUUUUUCUUAUUUUUUCUUUCUUUCUAGCUAUCUUUUUUAUUUCUUCCUUUCCUUUUAGCUUUCUUUAUUAUUUUUUCUGUCUUUUUCUUCUUUCUUCCUUUCUUUCUUCAAUUUUCUUCUUGUUUUCUUUCUUUUUCUUCUUCUUUUUUUCAUUUUUCAUUCUUUUUCUUCUUAUUUUACAUUUGUUCUUUCUUUUUUCCUUUUAUUUCCCUUUUUCUUUCUUUUUAUUUUCCUUUUCUUUUUAUCUUUCUUUCUUCAUUUUUCAUUCUUUUUCUUCUUAUUUUACAUUUGUUCUUUCUUUUUUCCUUUUAUUUCCCUUUUUCUUUCUUUUUAUUUUCCUUUUCUUUUUAUCUUUCUUUCUUCAUUUUUCAUUCUUUUUCUUCUUAUUUCACUUUUGUUCUUUCUUUUUUUCUUUUUAUCUCCCAUUUUCUUCUUAUUUUUCUUUCUUCUUAUCUCCUUUUUCUUUUUAUCUUUCUUUCUUCAUUUUUCAUUCUUUUUCUUCUUAUUUCAUUUUGUUCUUUCUUUUUUCCUUUUUAUCCCCCUUUUUUUUCUUUUUUCUUUUUUAUCUUUCUUUCUUCAUCUUUCUUUUUGUUCUUAAUUUACUUUUGUUCUUUCUUUCUUUAAGUUGUUCGUUUUAUCUAACAUGA